ACGCAACAGGAAAUAUACAACCCAUAAGGCAAAACUAAUAGUGCAAAUUUGUACACUUUUGUCAUUUAAGCUUUUGACCAAUUUCAUUUUCAAAAACGCGUUUUGUUGCUUCACCAUUUGGACUAAUGUUUCAUCUCUUACUUUGUUUGCGCAGCUUACCUUUGAUCAGGCAGACUUAUUGAUUCAAAACAUUUGCCUGAUUUUUUACAUUUAUAGUUACAUUUAUGCCAAGUUUCAUCGCAUUAUGACAACAAUAAAGUAGUUUCAAAAUUCACAACUCAAUGCAAUCCUGUAAAAGUUCGAAUGUUAUGCUUUGUACCAUUACAUUGCUGUACGUUUUGUCGUUUACAUAUUAGAAUGUAACCAGGUCAUCAGAUUUAAUGUACCUGAACAAAAGCAGUUUCAAUUUAUUCCGCAAAUAAACUAGUUCAUGAAUGAUAAUAAAAUUGAUUUCAAAUGUGAGAUAGUUGCAAGCAAAGGCUUAAGUUUCGCAUUUUUGAUAAUAUUUGGAUUAUUUCUCAGUUAUCUCCUUUUUAUAACUAAUUCAUUUAUACACCUGAGUUCUUAAAAAAACUCACUGGGCACCACUUAACGUGUUUUGAAACACGUUUUAAAACACACAUGGGCCGAAAAUGGUAUAACUUGAAAAGAGUCCUUUUAGUUUUAGUUUCCUGUAUUAUUGCUUUAAUUUUCACAUACACCCCAUUUUUAUCAAAAGUGAACCUCUCAAACAACUCGAUACUCGUUAAACAUUUAUCCGAUUCUUUUAUUAAUCAGCGUCCAGUUGAAAAAGAUAGUCAUAAUCCAAAACUGGAAGAGUUUUCGCGAAAAUGUUCGAAAAUUUUGGAUCCCGGACUGUCUGAUUCUGAAAUGAAAAAUUUUCUAGAAAUAAAUCAACACUCAUUUAACCUUCGCUACAAUGAGAACGGUUCGUUUCCUGCAUGUGCCGACUAUUUUAUUCAGCGGGAGGGUUUUCUUCACCGUGGAACUGUUACCGACUUAGAGAGGAGUCUCCCUGUGGCUUUUAGUAUUAUUGUUUACCACAAUUUCGACCAAGUGGAACAGCUGCUACUUGCACUCUACAGGAAACACAAUUUUUAUUGCUUACAUGUGGACAAAAAAGCAAGCAGCAACUUCAUGAAAUUGAUGAAGAAUCUUGUCAGUUGUUUCCCGGAAAACGUUUUCUUGGCCGCUGAACCUGUAAGUGUUGCGUGGGGGAACUUUUCACUUGUGGAAGCAGAGCUCACAUGUAUGAGGCAGCUUUUGGAGAAUUCAGACAAGUGGAAGUAUUUCAUCAAUUUAACGGGCGAAGAGUUUCCAUUGGUGACGAAUUUGGAGUUGGCUACAGUUUUGAACAAAUUGGGAGGCCGAAAUAUAAUUGAAAAACCACAUUCACAUGUGAGCAAGGUGAAAAGAAUACCCGACAAUAUUCCCUUCGGCCUCAAGCCUUACAAAACGUCGACACACGUUGGUUUAUGUCGCAGUGCUGUUGAUUACUUAAUUAACAACAAAGUUUCAAAAUCACUUCUUGAAACUUACCAAACAUAUCCUUUUGCUGAAGAAGCUAUAUUCGCUAUUUUGGAAUAUAACAACCAUACCAAGUUUCCCUGUUCGAAAUUUGACCAAAAAAUAGUAUCGCAAAAUAUAACAUUCGAAGCACGUUAUAAAGUAUGGACCGGAAACAACGUGAAAAGUUGUAUAAGUGGUCACAUGAAACGUGAAAUUUGCAUGAUUGGAGUGAAAACUCUUUCGGGACUUAUGAACAAGUUUUACGGCAAUCGACUCGCAGUAAACAAAUUUCCGUGGAAUUUUCAGCCUGCUGCAUGGGACUGCCUGAUGGCCUGGCACCAUACACGGGUUCACAAUGAAACGCAGAGAGACGCAAAAGUAUCGCCAGUUUUAUUGGCAAAAUUAUCAAAAAAUUUGAGCUAGCUUGACUGUUUUUUGUCUUUGAGUGUUCACUAUUCAUAUGUUGUUCUGUAUAUUAUAUUGUGCAGUAAAAACAAAACCCGAAA